AUGAAGUUCACCAGCCACCUCCUUGCAGCAUCUUCAGUCUAUUUUGGAUUCCCUGUUCUAUCCCAGAACAACAGCAGCAGCUCAGACACCCAAUGCCCGCGAAUUAUUGAAGAUCUCAAUGACGAUAACGCCGAAUUCAAUGCUACUGGUACAACAACCUUCUCCCUUCUAGAGCAAGACGAUUGGCAGUUGUCGAUGACAUUCCAAUUUCACCAAGCCAGAAACACCAGCACCGUCAAGGAUGUCUCCUCCCAGGGCGACCGAACCCUGUUUCUUAGUGUGCCAGAAUCAUUUCCCGAAACACCAAGCGGCAAGGAAAUGGAGCUUUGCUACUACGAGAUGGAUGCCCUGAACGCGACUUCAGAUUCAGGAGAAAGCGACGACAAUGACGCGAGCUGCAAUGGAAUAUUGAGUGACGAAUGCCAGAAAGCGUUACGAGGCGCGCCAAGGCCACGUGGCGGUAAAUGCCCUCGUGUCGAUAUCGAGGAAGCGCAAGCCAUUCAAUCUCUCGCAGCAAGACUGCACGUUGAGUAG